AAUAAACAAAAUGACCAACAGCAAUAGCAUAUAUUGCUUUGGAACAAUCCAUUAACUUGCUUCAUGAACAGUAAAAUAAAAAAUCUAGAUCCUAACUAAAUGACAUGUCUUACCAUACCUUAUUCAAUAAAACUUAAAAAUAUAUAAAUUAAUUUAGAAAGAAAAGAUGCAAUAUUGUGUCAGACUGGCUGUUUGAACGUUUCUUUGCUUCCACAGGUGGAUGUUCAGAAUCCAUCGGUGGGUUAGUCUCGGGGGCAGCACAUACUACCCUCUGCCCCUUCAACAUCCAAAAGACACCAUCUGACUAUGACUUUCUACUUCCCCAACCAGUAUUUGAAGACACCUUAAACAGCUGCCCUCCAUCCCAGCCUCCUCCUCCUCCUCCACCUGUGAGACACAGCUUUACUGAGCCGCCCUCAUCACCCUCAUCCUGUAACUCUUCCAUGUCAUCCAACUCUGUUAUCACUCAACUACACAUGCCCCCCUCUGGACACGAGCAUGUCCUGUUAACUCCAGACUCAGUUUUUGGAAUGGUGAACAGUGCUGCUCCCUCGCAUCCAGCCAAAAGGCAAAAGGACAAUGUGAAAAGCUCCAGAGGCAUCCUGGAGUACAACCAUCCAGUAUCACUGGACUGUUUGCAGGCACCAGCGAGGCCACCCAAGCCAUAUCCGAGGAAGAUUCCUCCAGAAAUACAACCAGAAAAACCACACAGCCUGGAGCUGGAGAGUGAAGAUGCAAAGAUAGCCAAACUGAUGGGCGAGGGUUUCGCUUUUGACGAUGUGAAGCGAGCACUGAUGAUUGCUCAGUACAAAGUGGAUGUGGCCCGAAACAUCCUGCGAGAAUUUGCCUUAGUGGCCCCCAGACUCAACCUCUAGUCCUAACAGAGUGUGAAAGUGGAGCACAGCGAUGAAGCCGUGCCUCUAAAAAGGGCUUCUUUAUUCUCUUUGUUCUCAGAAUUUUAGGGGAAAAUAGUGAGGGAAAGAAACAGAAAUAUUUCAAGGGAGACUUAGUUUUUUGUUGCCAAACAGAGAUGACACGCACAACAAAGUGGCUAAAACCAAAUCACUGCAGAGCACAGAGAAUCAAAAAAGGGAAAGAUAUGGAUGUGAAUGAUUAAAUCUGUGAAAAAAGAAGAGGCUUGUUAUGUUUACAGUGAACUUUGCCAGUGCUGGCCUCUGGAUUUAAUUCUUCUGUGGGUCUGGGUGCAUAGACCAGAUCAUGCUACUGCUGCUACUGUCGUAUCACAUUACUCAGAUCUGAAAGAUUCUUAUAAUAGCAAAACAGUUUCAGCUGCACGUUGUCAGAGGGUCAGUUUUCAUAACCAGUGGGGUGAGCCUUUCUCCAAGAUGUUUCUUCUCUAGCUGCUUUCCACCCUCUCCUCCAUUUAGUGCCUUCUGUUUUACUUCCUCCUCCUCUUCCCGUAUGUAUUUUUCAGAAUACUCCAUUUUUUGCCCAGAUUUUGACAUAGUAAUUGUACUACAUGUAGAGGAAUAAAUACUUCAUUUGGACAAGAAAAGCAGAGAAGCAUGGGAGGGCUAAUUAUGCUCCUCGCUUCUGUUCCUACACCGGGGGAUGUUUAUUAUUAUGUUUUUCAUUUUUGGGCAGCAAGCCUAGGAAUGUAUUUGUUCUCCAUAAGUGACCUUUACCUUUUUUCAUUCCCUCAGGCCUAGUUUUUUUCUUUAAGUGAUGCUGUGUUUAAUGUUUGUGGAUGUUUGAUUUGUCUGUGUCUAAAGCCAAGUUUAAAGAAAUGACAGGAACGGGUGCAGUUCCAUAAAACAUACAUAUCUGUUAGAUCUUAAGAGAUGAGACAAUCCACAGCCACCUGUCUCCCACUGUCUCACACUGAAAAUGUUCACAUCCACACAUGAUGGAGGAAGCACUCUCAGCCUGAUUUUGAGAGAGUGUGACUUGAUAGCUUGCACGUGAACACAAUGGAGAAGAACAAAAUACUGCACAGGUUUCAAAACGCAAGACCAAUUAUAUGCACAGUCAUUGUAAUGUUAAAAACCUUUACCUCACAAUAUGGCAUCUGCUACAGGAAAAAAAGCAUAAAAACUUGUAGCAGUUUGUGAAGCACAUGGUGCUUCACAAACUGCUACAACAACUUCAGUGUUAAUCAACCAAAACAACCACAGGUUAAAGCCUAAACCAAGAAAAGACACAAUAGUGUCAUAAUAAAGAAACUUAUCACCCUCGGCACCCUGAGGCUAACUAAGCAGUGUUUCAGGGUUUCUUUAUCACAAAGAAAAGUUUAAAGCCUAAUCUUGAAAGUGCAGUGCCUGUCUCCUAAAUCCAAACUGGAUGAUCUGCUGCCCAUUCUGUUUUUCAAAAGUUACAAUUUUAGCCAAACACAUGGGGUUGCAUAUUAAAAGAUAUCUGGUGUAAAACUCAAAUCAAACAUCUUGUGCUUCCUAACGUGGUGAUCCCUUUGUAAUAAGGGAGCAGCUGAAGACAGCUUUUAUACAGAGUAUGCAGACCAUAAAAUCGAAAUUGUAUGGACUGCAGUGACCUUUCCCUUCAGGGGGACUAGUUGAACCUAACAAUUCCACAUAUUCACAGAAUCCACUGUAGGAGUUGGGUAUUUGUGUCUUUAAUAUGUCAAAUAUCUGAAAUUCGAUGAUAAUUUCACCUCAUAAUUUGAGACUGUGAUAAAAUUUUACUUUCCAAAGUAAUUUUUGAGAUUUCCUGAAAAAUUUCUUUGAAGAAAACAAGCUCUCAGGUGAUGUGACACGUUGUAAAUCGUUUAUCUAGGUGAUUUCUGUUCUUUAAGACCUAUUUUGAUAUUUUUCUGUAAUUGCUUUCAUGCAUUUGUCAAACCUGCGGAUUUGUUGACAUCGUGUCUUAUCAUAUGAACAAUUUAUCCUUUGUUCUGAGUUUUUAAGUCAGUAAAUCAAGACUCCUUAGUACAAAAACAAACAACCGAGGGCAAAAAGUUGAACUGUCCUUAGAUUAAAUACUGUCGUAUUUAUACGUUUAAUCUUUGCUUGCAUAGCAUUCGCAGACAGCAUGCUGCCUAGAUUAAACUAGGUCCUAUUUUCCUGUUUUCACGUCCACAUUCCAAUUUUAUGGUCAUUCACUGUUAGACUAUCAAAAUAAUCAGAGUUGAUAAGUGAUAGUGUUUCAUUGUUUGUUUAUUUUUCACAGAGCCCACUCUGAUUGAGGCUCCUCCCUUUUCAAAUGGAAAUAAAAUGGUUCAGUCAAAACUUUGUUAUACCGUAAAUACAAGAAAAUGAUAUUCACAAAUCUACUAACACAGCUCACUGGCUUUGUGUGUUAGUCUUUAAAUGGUCCAGUUGUAUUUAUAGUGUGAGUGUGAUCCCCAGCAUGAAGGCCUUUUUUUACUUGAGUAUUUAGUUCAUAUUUUGGAACAAGCCAAGGUUUUUAACAGGCUUCUCCAUGAUAAAGUUCAAGAGACUCACAUAGCUACCAGAUUAACAUGCAAAAAUGUGAAUGUGGCUCUACCCCAGCCUAGUUCAUGUAUUAAUGGAGACAGGGAGUUUACACAUAUCUGGAACCACAACACUGAUAUUCCACAUUCUGAUAUGCCAUUUAGUGGCAUUCCCCCUUAACUCGAUGGUUUGCUUUUGCAGUGGUUCUUUUGUAUAGCAACCAUCUUUCCUAAGCUCAGUAUUAUCCAUUCUGUUGGACACCCUUGUGAUGGGCUUAAAUAACCUUUGGUUGCAAAGGGCAAUUUUAAUGUUCUGAAUUCAUUGACAUAUCAUUAAUAUGUCAAUGAAUUCAGUGAAAGUGCUCUAGUGAAAGAAAUGUAUUGAUAAUAUGUCAUGCAUAAUGUGCAGUGUAUGUUUAUAUUUAUGUUAUUCAUGCUUGAUUGGUUGAUUUUUUUUUAAAUCAAUAAUAAACAGUCACAGUUA